GUAGCUGCUGAGGAGAGAGCAGCACGUGGAUCCUCCCUGUCGUCAGGCAGAGCUCUUCAGUGAGGUGGGCUCAGGGAGGGCUCUGUGCCUCUGCUCAGCGGAGCUGCAGCUGCUGCCCAGUUCUCAGGGGGCAAGCUAGACCCUCUUGCCUGGCUGCAGGGACAGGGACAGCAAGCCUCAACCCCUCCUGAGCCAUGCCAGCCAACCUCACAGAGGGCAGUUCCAAUUCCACCCAGACCGUGCCAACAACACUGGAUUCAUCCCGAGUGGCUUGCACUGAAACGGUGACUUUCACUGAAGUGGCCGAGGGAGAGGAGUGGGGCUCUGUCUACUCCUCCUUUAAGACUGAGCAGUUGAUAACCCUGUGGGUCCUCUUUGUAUUCACCAUUGUUGGAAAUGCAGUCGUGCUGUUCUCCACAUGGAGGAGGAAGAGGAAGUCCAGAAUGACCUUCUUUGUGACUCAGCUGGCCAUCACAGACUCUUUCACGGGACUGAUCAACAUCUUGACGGAUAUUAUUUGGCGAUUCACUGGAGACUUCCUUGCACCUGACCUGGUCUGCCGAGUGGUCCGCUAUUUGCAGGUUGUACUGCUCUAUGCCUCUACCUACGUCCUGGUGUCCCUCAGCAUAGACAGAUACCAUGCCAUCGUCUACCCCAUGAAGUUUCUGCAAGGAGAAAAGCAAGCUAAGGUCCUCAUCGGGGUUGCCUGGAGCCUCUCCUUCCUGUUCUCCAUUCCCACCCUGAUCAUAUUCGGGAAAAGGACACUCUCCAAUGGUGAAGUGCAGUGCUGGGCCCUGUGGCCUGAUGACUCCUACUGGACCCCAUACAUGACCAUUGUGGCCUUCCUAGUGUACUUUAUUCCUCUGACAAUCAUCAGCAUCAUCUAUGGCAUUGUGAUCCGAACUAUUUGGAUUAAAAGCAAAGCCCAGGAGAUGGUGAUUUCUAACUGCUCGGAUGGGAAACUGUGCACCAGCUACAAUCGAGGGCUCAUCUCAAAGGCAAAAAUUAAGGCCAUCAAGUACAGCAUUGUCAUCAUCCUUGCUUUCAUCUGCUGUUGGAGCCCAUACUUCCUCUUUGACAUUUUGGACAAUUUCAACCUCCUUCCAGACACCAAGGAGCGUUUUUAUGCCUCCGUGAUCAUUCAGAACCUGCCAGCACUGAAUAGUGCCAUCAACCCCCUCAUCUACUGUAUUUUCAGCGGCUCCAUCUGCUAUCCCUGCAAAGAGCAAAGAUCACAAGACUCUAGAAUGACAUGCCGAGAAAGAACGGAAAGACAUGAGAUGCAGAUUCUGUCCAAGCCAGAAUUCAUCUAGACCCUUGGACAAUUGCAGUUGUAGGCGGAGUCUCAUGAGC